AUGGUUGUGGACAGCCCUCAAGGCGCGAAGCUAUUGCUGCAGAAACUGGCAAUGAGCCCUCUGGUGAGACGCAACUUGCCGAAUGCUGCUGCAAUUUGCUCUCAGUACUUCUCUUUUCGACGAAGCCCUCAGGAGUCCAUCGGCAACUUUCUUGUACGAGAGACGCUCAUCCAUGAGGAGUUCGUGGAGGCCUUGAUAAGGUUGUGGGAAGACAAACAAGGUGUUGCUCAGGAACAGCGAGAGUUUGGUCUUCCGGAGGAUGAUGAUGGUUGGGUUGACGAUGAUUGGGGUAAGGGCUACAUCGGCCGAGGCACCUACCUCCUCGACACCACCGACGGCUGGAGGCUGUUGCAAGCUGCAGGAUUGUCACCGGAUGAGAUGAGAGACAUUUUGCCGAGUACCAAGAACAGCAUGGACUACGAACUGAUUGCAGCGGCCCUACAGAAUCUGUGGGACGACCAGUUGUUAGGCAACCGCCCGAAGCUCAAGCCCUUCUACGACGACGCCUCCUGGUGGGACGACGGCUACGCCUACUACACGGACCACGGCUAUGAAGACGAAUGGUGGCAAGAUGAUUGGGGAUCUUCGGACAUUCCUCCGCAAGUGAAUGCUGCAACGGCCGAGCCUGUGGACGAGGACAAGAUGAGGGAGGCCCAACAGGCCGAGCAGAUGGCAGAGUCUCUGGCCAUAGAGGCUCAGAGGACAUGGAGCGAGGCCCAACGGGCCAGCCAGGCUCUACGACGAGAUCGUGGAUUGGGGCACCUGGGCCCGGGCCCUCGAAACACCGGCUCUCCCUCCAAGGGAAAAUCCAAGGGCAAGGCCAAGUACGGCUAUGCCAGCGACAUGGACGUCUACUACAUCAAGGGCAAGACGAAAUCCAAGGGCAAGGGCAAAGGACCAGAGUGGGCGCCGAGGACCGUGAACGCCUUUGCAACCGACUACUUCACGGGCGGCUUGGAGCUGUCUAGUACUGUGGAGGUGCCGAAGCCUCCCCAGACUCGAGCCCUUCCAGAGCUCGGGAUGAUCGACUUCCGCGCCACGGCUUCUGCUGCACCUGAGGCGGUAGUGAAAGGAUUGAUCUCGGCAAUCCUUGAGAAGGACAGCGGAGCUCGUGUGGACAUCGACACAAAUGCCCGACCUUACUUUCGUGUUGGUGAUGGUCGCUGGGGUCGCAUCGACCCGGAGACCGCGGAAAUCCUCGCUGCUGCGGCGAAAGCCAAGGCAGCUCCCAAGAAGCAAAGGGCUCGCUCGUUAGACAUAAACCGUUCCAUGAAGAUGGACCCUUGGGACCCGAGGAGCAGCCCGAAGUGCUGGCCAUGCUACGGCCGACAUCUUGCCGACAAGCCCCAGGCCAACCAGUGGGGUCAAUGGGUACACUGCCAGGUGUGCAACCUGAGAAUCCUUUAUACUCCCCGCAAGGGAGCCCUGGCGAACAACACCCUAACCUACAACGCCGCCAUGGUCAAGAAAAUGCUAUCCCAGUUGAAGCCGCUUCUGGGAGACCGGAAGCCCACGGCCAAGGAGAUUAUCGGCGCCGCACCACCCGUGGCGACCUCGAAGCAGAGCAGCAGCCACGGCUACCCCAGCGGCACGAUCACGGACUACGAGGAGGCCGAUGACACAACAUGUGGCGCAAAAGGUGACGGCAAUGGCGUCCCUUAUGGUGGCGGCUACGGCGUCUACGCUGGUUGGGUUGCAACUGGAUCACGGAAGCUGCGCGGCACGAUGGACUACAACCACGAGCUAUCAACCUACAGAGCGACUACGACCUACAGAAGGAAGAUGCAUGGAACCAACCUCGACAGUUACGGCAUCAACGACGGCCUCGGAAACUGUGGUUGUCCUUGGUCAACAAUUGACAAAGAACUCCGUCAACAACGGAACCAGGACACCCAACGGCGGAAGGAUCGAAAGGUACUGGGCUACGCCGUGGACUUUGUGAAGUACGUGCUCUCCAUGGAUGAUGAGACGCAAGUCUAUUGGGAGAUGCCUACCAACAACCACGGCUGGAAACAAGCUCCACUUCUACAUCUUCGAGAAUGGCUUGAACUCAAGCUGGUGCCAUGGCUUGGAUGUCGCUUGGAUGGGUGCGUCUACGGAUUGCGGGAGGAAUCACAAGGUGACCUGGUUCUCAAAAAGUGGACGAUACAAACUACCGAUGAGAGAUUCCACAAAGUAUAUCGAGCCAAGGUGUGCGUUGGCAACCACCAUCACAGUGCCACAUGUGGCGUUGACUACCAGCGAGGCUCCUCCUAUCCAGGGAGGAUGGUGGAAUCCAUUGUUCGCACAUGGCGAGAUGAACUAGCACCUCCACGACAUCAUCGACUUCUUUCUCUACAACAAGAUCAACCUGCUCUAUGUGAUGAGUGGCCAGAGGCCGAGCCAGUGGAGGUGGUGGAUGAUAUGGUGACUCGUACAGAUGAUAACCUGGUCGACCAUGACUCCCUUCUCAUCGAGUCCUUCCGCAUACAACAUGAACAUCAAGCCCGAGAAGCACGAGUCUAUGAAAGCUUCGACUGGGAGACAUGCUCCUCGCUUCUUCAACAACUAUACGACUAUGGUCAAGCUCAGGCAGAACUCAUAGCAGGGGAACUACAUCUGGAGUCAACAGCUUUGGGCUGGGAGCUCACCAAGUACCUGAACUCCUUCCUUCGACAUCACCUACCUGAGCAAUCAUGGUCCAGCAUCAUGGUGACCUUCAACACAGCAGCUCUACCACAUCAGGAUCACCACAAUCUCAAGGGCACUGUCAAUAUUCUGACGUGUAUGGGCAACUUUGAUCAAGGAGGUCUAUGGCUACAAGGUCAGCCACCCCGUGGCUACGCGGCGGUAAAGCGACUGGUUCAAGGCUUGGGCUAUGUCAAUGGCUAUGUGGAACCCACCAAGAACAAGUUCGUGAUCUUCAAUCCUCGACAACGUCAUGCCUCUCAAAGGUGGUCUGGAUUUCGCAUCAGCCUGGCAGUCUACACGACGAGACUGGCACCCUGGAUGGAUGAUCAGAAGAAAAAGACGAUGAAGGAACUUGGGAGCCGAGUCAAUCAGAAUCUCAUCUACCUGUACAAGGCCUGGCAAGCAGUGACUGUUGAUGCAGCAGAGUGGCCAGUACCUGGCACCCGUCAAAAGGUCAAGUUCCUUCUCUUCAUGGACUACGCCACGAAGCUCAGAGCAGUGGUCCCGUUGAAGACCGUGGAAGUGAUGGCGAUGCAGGCAGAAAAUGCUGAGGAUGUGAUACAGGCCUUCUCCGAACGAUGGCUCAGUGUUUUUCCAAAACCACAAGUGGUGAUCAUGGGUGCGGCCAAGACGUUCACCUCGGCAAGGACGCACGAGUUCCUGUCCUCCAUCAACAUUCUUCCCCAUCUCAUUGCCGAGAAGGAACAUUGGAGUCAUGGUGUAGCAGAGGCAGCAGUGCAAGAUGUGAAGGCUACAGCUACCUCUAUACAUCUUGAGGCACGAGAACAACGACCCUUCGUAACGUUUCUCGGCGUUCCAAUGGGCGUACGGACGGACUACAGGACAUUCGCCAAUGAAGCCGAUCACCAACAUCGGGACUUUUCACAACUGGUGGUGGUGCGACAACAAGUGGAGGAGAUUGCCAGGAAGACGAAGGCUCAGCGAGUUCUAUCCAAGCUGGCAAAUACUACGGUGAGACAGCCACUACGCGAGUUCAAAGAGAUGGACUUGGUGAAGAUCUGGCGACGAGUGUGGCCUCAAGAAGUUCACAAGGGGCCACGUGGUGGAAUGAAGAUGGCUGGACGCCCUCAUUGGAUUGGUCCAGGUCGUGUGGUUUUUCAUGAAGUACUUCCUCAACAACAACCUGGUGAUCAACGGCGACAUAUAGUUUGGGUCCUUCUGGGAGCUCGACUCUACAGAUGCUCCGUUCACUCUGUACUUCCGACGACAGAGACAGAACGCUUCAUCUACGAGACAUCAUCUGUUGAGGACCUUAGCAGAUGGAAGACUCUGGCAGACAUACCACCUCGUCGUGAAUAUCAGGACGUUGUUGAUGAGGAACCGCAUGAAGAAGAACGUGAAUUACCUGAUUUACCACAACAGCCGGAUGACACCACAGUUCAAGUUCCCCAGCGGCGAAUUCGUCAGAAAACUUCCUUCCGCGCCGGCGACUACACCGACCGACCUGUACGUGAUCGACUUCAAACAGAGGAGGUGAAUGACUACGGACCGGACCCACAGGUUUGGUCCCGUGUCCGU